AUGGGAAAGCGAGUUAGGGAUAAAGAAAGUGGAAUUUCUAAUGGAGUGAAUAGCCAUCCUACUCAUCCAGGAAGAGUUUGGGGAAUUCUUCAUAUCAUAAAGUAUCAUCAUUGGCGUCAAGUCAAGAGAAGGAUUACACAUAGGAAGCCUAGUGAAAGUCAUGAUUCAAGAAAUGAAAUUAUAGACACUUCUGAUGAUGAUUCUAGGGUUGAUAGUAUGACACAACAUUCGAUGCCAAAUACAACUUUAUCCAACGUUGAAGAAAAUAAGCUGGUACAAACUACACAUAACAAAUAUUCAAUAAAAUCAAAAAUAAAAGCACUUCUAAACGAAGAUACAUACAAGAUGAGAGGGAGACACAAGAGAAGCUCAACCUGUCCUACAAAAUCGCACCUAACUCGCGUCGAUUCAGUUCAUCACUUAGAAGUCGAUCCUCUAAGUGAAAUGCUGUUAACCGUUGAGAAUCCAGAACCAGUUCUAGAAACUUUUCAAAACCAUCUCGCUGCAGGAACAUUGGAGGUUCUGUCACCGGUUUUCUCAGAUAAGAAAAACUCAAUCACCAACAACAGCAAUAGCAAUAGAAAUAGCAAUGACAAAUGUGUAGAAUGUGGUGCAGUGUUUUCUAGUGAGUCUUUGGAAAAACAUGACGACAAGUCUCAUCAUAAGCAUCGCAAUCUGUCUAUUAGCGAAGGCGCGCAAGAAGAUAAGCUCAUGAACGCGAAAAUAAUUACAACCGAUGCUUCGCCGCUUCUUUUCAAGGAUUUUCUUGAUGCUCUUGAUUUAAUCAACACAAACAAAGAGUUUCUGUUGAAAUAUAUAAAUGAUCCUGGUUCUCCUUUACCAUUUCAGCUUCAUACUCAACCACACUCUCCCAGUGGUAAAAGACGAGCCAAAUCCAUCUCGUUACCUGUUGUUGUAUCAUCUUCCGGAACCAAGGAUUCUGACCACACGGUAGAUGAAUGGUUCAAUACAAAAGGGAUUACAGAAUCAGAAAUUCAAAAUUCACCAGAUUUUGACAAACCAUCAACUUCUUCUUCUUCUUCUUUUUCGCAUAAAGCUGAUCAUCAUCAACUACUCGAUUCCGAUCAAAAAUCAGUUGAAGUAGAUAAUAAAAACACUUCCUCAGAUACAUCCCAAGUUCCAAACAAGGUAAAGAACAAUAACUUCAAGGAUCUUAGAAAGAAGAUAAAGCAUAUAAUUGAAGAAAGCAAAAACGAAAAGCUUCGCAUUACAAUGGAUGCUGUAGUCGACAAAAUUCCUCGCGGCAACAAGUUUUCCAAAAAUGUAAGGAAGUUGAUGAACCAUGAAAAAUUCAAACAACAAAAUAAGCGUCAACUAUCAGGCAUGAGGACUAGUUCUCUAAAAGAAUCGGUGAAUCGAUACACUCAGCUCUACGACACUUGUUUUCACAAUGAAGUAGUUACCAAUAAGGAAGAGAAGCAGCCUAAAACUGAGAGCUUAAAGUUGAAAACAGACGAGAAAAGUUCGGUAUUGAAGACACCGAAAUCGUUUAAGAGGUUCCUUUCGUUACCUAAUCUAAAAUCUUACUUCAACCAAAAUGAGGAACAUUCUGUUCUUUCAUCUCCUCAGAAUUUAACUAGAAAAUCUGAAGAUAGAACUAGAAGCUCAAGUACAAUUGAUGGCUUCUCAAAUAGUCAAAUUCUCUCGCGUUCACCUUCACCUGCUGAUCACGCAAAUGAAGAAAUCACUUUGACAGAUGAACAAAAACAUGUUAAAGAGAGUGCUUCAGACUCAGGAUCAGAUGUUAUCGACGAGGUAAAGUCGGAAAAGAGUAUAGCGUUUGAUGGUGUAGGAAACUUGAGAGACAAUGAACUUUCUGGUAGCAAUGAGCUAGAAAUCGGUUAUACAACCGAAUCGAGUACUAUGUUGGUUGAAGCAAACUCAGCUUUCUCUUCUGAUACCAGCUUCUUAGAUUAUACAAUUGAUCUGGAAAACUUAAAUAUAUUAGAAGAAUCAGAUCAAGAUUUAAAGGCAGUGCUAGCAGGUGAUGAAUUGAACUAUAUGUAUGAGCAACAAGAAGCAAAAAUAGAGCAACAUGAGGAGGUUGAGAAUUUUCUCAAACAUGUAUAUAAACUUCCACGCAACGAAAUAGAUUCGAAUAACGAAGCUGCGUUUAAUUACGUAAAGAAAGUUUUAGACCUCUCAGGUUUCACUAGCCAUGAAUCUCUUGAAACAUGGUAUUCUAAUGGCCAACCACUAGAUCCAUCAAUUUAUGAAGAGUUAGAGGGAUGUUUGCUUCUUGAUCCUUAUUGUUCUGGCAAUUGUGAAGGUGGACACUGCAAUCAUCUUCUUUUGUUUGAUAUAAUCAAUGAAGGAUUGUUGGAGAUUUUCGGUAGAUCGUAUAACUAUUAUCCUAGACCUUUGUCUUCUCUUUCUCAUGUUCAUCCAUUGCCAAAGGGGAGAGAUGAUGUUCUGCAUAAAGUAUGGAAACUUAUUACUUGGUAUCUGAGUUCUACUCCUGAUGAGGAUUAUACAUCAUUGGAUUACUAUGUUAGUAAAGAUCUUGCAAGAAAUGAUGGGUGGAUGAAUCUUCAAUUUGAUUCUGAAUGCGUUGGGCUUGAGAUAGAUGAUUUGAUUUUCGACGAUCUCUUGGACGAAAUUAUCUACGGUUAA